AUGUUGUCUCAAGCUCUGGAUAGCGGUCGCCGUAUCAGCAGGCACAUCAUGACAUUAUUCUUGUUCACAAAGUCCGAUGUGUUGACAGUUCUUAUCCCAAUCACUCUAUCUACCCUCGCAGCUGCUCCCCAUCCCGAUGUAACUCGCAUUCCGGACAUCAUCAUAUGGAUAUGGCUGCACCUCCUGAAACAUGAUAUAUAUAACCAGAUGCUGGAUCCAGAGGAGGACCGGAAAAACAAGCCUCAUCGACCUAUCCCUUCUGGUCGUAUAGAUGUCCAAAAUGCGGCGGAUGUGCGCUGGCUGCUACUGCCAGUCUGCCUGAUAUUUUCUGCCAUGUAUGGCAUCAAGGCUCUUGCUUGUAGCGCUUGUCUAGAAGCCCUCAGCAUCUGGUAUAAUGAGUUUGGUGGGGAUAAGACUUGGCUUUCGAAGAACCUAUUGACAGCCAUCGCAUAUACAAUUCUUGAAUUAGGUACAACCAUCGUGCUUGGAUCCAGCAUUGAUAACAUUUUGGCACGUGCAGCUGCCUUCAACUUCGUAAUGUUUGCAACGACGAUUCAUGCACAAGAUUUUAAAGAUGAGGAGGGAGAUCGAUUGGCAGGAAGACGCACUCUUGUCACUUUGUUCCCUACCUUUGCACGCAUGUCCAUGACGAUUGGCAUUCCACUUUGGUCACUCUGCCUUAGCACACUUUGGAAGGUAGAUCUUGUCUGUUCUCUCGCGUUCAUGGCAUACGGAACGAUUGUCGGGGCGAGAUUCAUGGUUUAUAGGACCGCGAGUGCGCACAAACAGUCGUGCAAACUAUAUAGCCUCUGGUUUGCCCUUGUGCACAUACUCCCCGGCUAUUGGCGAUUUUUCUACAGCACUUGAAAUUGGAAGCCCAGUGCAAGUCGACACAGGUAGCAAUUAUAUUACGAAGGAAAUACUUACAAUAAUGGACUAUAGAUUUUCUACUACAUUUCGAUGUCUUUGCGUAAAAGGCAUUUCUAUGUAAGCCUAGAGCUUACCACGUAAUAAAGGCGUUCUGCAUACUCUUUCGUUUCAUGGGUAGUCGAGCCCUUAGCGCUCAGCGCUCAUCCUUUUAACUGGGGUAUCUUCCAUUGGUAAUGUUGUUGGGAUUGGGCAUGGUAUAAUUGGCGAAGCAAUCAUGCGCAAAGUCGAUCUGCCCAAUUCGUUCAUGCAUCCCGC